AAUCGGGGUGAGAGAUUGUAGGUUGCCAGCGCUGGUCGGACACGGGGGGUGCAAGUAACGCCAUAUAAAUAGCGUCGUUUUGGACGAACAAAUGUUCCUUCCCCGUCCUCUUCCUCGUCCCCUCCGAAGCCAUGAUGAGCAAAUACCCCUCCAUUCCCCUCCUCCUCGUCUCCCUCCUCCUCCUCCUCCUCCUCCUCUCCCUUUUCUCCUUCUCGACCUCAACAAUGGCGGCGACGGCCGCGGAGCCCGCGGAUCCCGAGGCGGCCACCCCACAGAUCGUCUACGUCGCCCGCCCCGACGGCGACGCCGACCCUGAGGACUUCCACAUCAGCACCCUCGCCUCCGUCCUCGGAAGUAAGGAGGCAGCAAAGGACGCCAUGAUCUACCACUACACGCUUUCAGCUAGCGGGUUUGCAGCGAGGCUCACUCCAAAGCAGGUUGAAGAAUUGAAAAAGCAACCGGGUGUUCUUCAUGUUAUCCCUAGCAGGACUUACCAUCUGCUUGGUUCGAGCAAAGGACACGGCGUGUAAGGGAAAUAAAUCUUCAUCUUCUCCUCCUAUCUUGUUAAUAAGAAUUAUACGUGUGGAUUGGAUUGAGAGUAGAAGAUAAUUAUCAUUUGGAGUUAACUAAUGUAAGCUUUGAUGUAAUCUAAUAUGCUAUGGAUGGUAAUACGCAUUAUUUGUAAGUAAAUGAAUGCAUUAUAUUGAUGGUAUCAGUCAAAUUUUAUUUUGUGAGUGAAGGAUGA